AUAUUCGAAAACUAGUUUCUUUGGUCGAUAAAAUUUUUUGCUCCAUUACACCACCACUUCAUAAAGUUCUUUACGUUUAUAAUGUCCGUCAAAUUAUUUGUUGGUGGUCUGUCUUGGGGUACUGAUGACCGUACUCUUAGGUCCAAGUUUGAAGAAUAUGGCACCGUUGAAGACGCCGUGGUUAUUCGUGAUCGCGACACUGGUCGUAGUCGUGGUUUCGGUUUUGUUACCUUCGCAAGUAAUGAGGAAGCUGAAAUUGCUAUCCAAAACUUGAAUGACGCAGAAUUUGAUGGCCGUAAUAUCAAAGUUGACCGUGCUGCUGAACGCUCUUCACCUGCUCCACGCUCAGGCGGUGGUGGUUACGGAGGCGGUGGUGGUUACGGAGGCGGCGGCGGCUAUGGAGGCGGCGGUCGUGGUGGUGGUCGUGGUCGUCGUGGUGGCGGCGGCGGCGGCUAUGGUGGUGGUGGUUACAAUAACCGUUACUAAAAUAAAUGAGAUUUUAUUGCAAUCUCGCUCUUAUAAUGAUUGCCAUCUUUAUUU